CAUAUGUUUAAUGAAUUUGUUGUUUGUGUUGUUUCAGCCUUUCAGCGUCGUCGGCUUCAUAUUCAGCAUGAUGUUAGGCGAUACACGCGAAAUAGCUGGCGAAGGAAUGCCUUUUAUGUUCAGCUCUCCUGGCUCGUCCUUAAUUUUGCUUUGCGAGAUUUCGAGUCUGGAGUACCUUCUGCUGAGUUAACGAGCUUUCGUUCAAGGAGAGCAUGAUUCCAGGAAAUGAGUCUCGGAAUCAGUUCCCGUCAUCGGAGCCAACGCACUGGGUUUCCAAAGCACCCGCAGGCUCGGAGGAUGUAAUCACGCUCACCAAAGCUCAGUUACAAAAACUGCUCAGAGCAUUGGAAGCUCAAGAGCCAUCUGAUACAAUAGCAACUGCCUCAGUGCCAACCAUUACCAGCGCCCUUAACAAACUGCCCAUCUCAGGAGAUGACUGCUUGCCAAACUGGGUGAAACGCAACAGCACAGCUCUCCGCGGCACUCAGCACUCCAAUGAAUCAUCCCUCGCUGGUUUUCCUCAGCGGCUGUCAAAUUCACAUCCAGAGCUCGGAACAGGGUCCAGUCGUCCUUUCUCCAAGCUGGCUCAGAAGCAGCGGCAGUGGGAGAAAGAGAAAGCUGAAAUGCAGGAUUGGAAUCCUUGGGGGCGUCCAGGUGGGGGUGCACCUCGUUUCCAGCCAGUGGCAGCUGUACCACCACGCACUGACACCCAGGUUCUGAGAGUACAAGCGACCACAGCAGCGUCUUCCACCGGUGCCUAUCCAUCACGAGCACCUUCUCCACCAACUCUGCCGCACUUGCCACCAAAUGGAGGAGGGAUGAGCCCUACGUUUGUUCGCAGGGUGCCCCCCUACCUUCGGAGUCAACUGCCAUUCGGGCCUGCUUACGAUGUGCCAGAGGAUGAGAAAGACGAAGCUAAGAGGCGUUGGAUUCAAGAGCUUGAACACCAGCGGGAAGAGAACCAACGACGUAGUUUAGAGAACCGUCAUGCAACCCUGAGCAAUGGCUCCUGCUGGGCCGACAGCGAGUCCUUGGGAUCUGAGAAGUUGGUGAGACCUGGGGAGGAUUGCUCAGAGAGUGUAUGGUCCAUUACGCGAGGCCAAGGUUACCGGCCUGGUACCGAUGCCAAAAUGUUGGCGAAUGAUGAAAAACGGAUGAGGGCAAUGGAAUAUCAGCGAGCUAUUCAGGCCCAAAUGCAAGAGAAGCAAGAGCGGUUGCGUGCCGAGAGAGAGGCCAGGAUUCGGGAGGAGCGGGAGCAAGAACGCCGUGUGGAGGAGGAACGGCGCAAGUUAGAACUUGAGUAUCAGGAAGAGCAACGCAAAGUACGAGAGAAAAAGGAACGUGAAGAGAAAGCACGCCUUCAGCUGAUAGCCAAAAUGCAGCAGGCUGCGGAGGAAGCAGAAGCCCUUCGAAAAGCCAGGCGAAGCCAAAGAUUUCAUCACAUGUCGCAGCCAGAUCAAGCGGCACAACAGCUUCCCAGUUUUGACUCUGGAGGCUCAAUCGAUGCCGACUUUUCCACAUCCCUGGAGAGGAUAUCGUCAUCCAUGGCUGGGAUAUCAAACAUUGCCAGCGAAGAACAGACUGACCUAUCAACACAGCAGAAUCUCUCCUCUGUGCAAAUGUCCUCUCAGACUGCACUGCCAAUGCCUCAGCUGCAAGCGUCCAUGCCAGCAACGCUAGCUCCCGCGGCCACGGUACGUCCUCUGCGAGGUGACCACGAUGUCGCAGCCAGCAACAAAGUGCAGCGGGAAAUGUCUAGUCAGACAGAUGGUAGCCUUUCUACCUCCAUCUGCUCCAGUCGCUGUUCACUGCUUUCAUCGGCAGGAAUGGUGGAAAUGAACCCUUACAUCGAGAACAGGGUCCUGACUCCGACGAAAGUGCGCAUCGCUCAGCAUGCCAUGCGAUCCCAGCAGCAGCGUAGUCGUGAGUUUGGCAUCCAGACAGACAUUUCGCUACCUUGUGGAUGGAACCACAGUGUUCUCUGUGACAACACGACGCAGCUGGCUCAAGAGUUUGAAACCAGGAGCUGUCUUAGGGAGUUCCCCCCUUACACAAGUGCUGUCCGAAGGCUCCAGCACAGUUUGCCAUUGAAGGGAGUCCACAGAAAGCCUUCUGCCUAUGGGCCACCAGAAAACCUUCACGAGCCAGCUGCUGCCCAGCGAACUCCUCUGACUGUGAACAAAGGCAGGGUAUCAAGCGUGCUUCCUGUCGCCAUUGCCCGAAGUAGUGCUCAGAAGCUGCAGGAGCUGCGGAAGCAGCACUGUGAACGAGAGUCUGGAGCACGACGUCUGCACGCGGUCUCACAGUUUUCGUCGCAAGUUGUCGGCAGGGGAGGCAUUGCUGAGAGGAAUAGCAGAAGCAGAGCUCCGGUCAGAGUGACGGGUCAGGUACCUCUUCAUUUCGAAGAAGCCUUGCAGAAUACCACGCAGAGUGAAGAGGAAGACGGCACAAUUCACGGCAGCGCUGGACAUCGUCCAGCCCAGAGUCCUCCCGUGCCAGCUUUGCGCGAUAAACUGCUGCCGUCACCGCACCGCUCCAUGAAAAACAAUGUUUCAAACUCGCCAAACAUUUCCUCUGAAGUUCCGGUCACCCCGGGAAAAGCUCCAGUCACCCCAGGAAAAGCCACAGAGACCCCUCCAGCCUCGCGCAAGCGCUGGCGGAGGCAGGAGGUGUAUGUGCCACAGCAGCCAUUUGGGGAAGCUCAGUCGCCGAAACACAGCACACCAAACCGCCGCAGAGUAGGAAACACUCCCACCCAAAAUCUUCAACUUCAAGGAAUCGUGGAGCGGCAGAGAUCGGUGAGCGUCAGCGGGGCGCGGCGCAAUCAGUCGCCGUCACCAGACCGGCGUGCACAGCGCUCUUCUUCUCAGGAUCCCUUAGUUCAUCCCGAAUUGGUGACCAGCUGCCCAACCCGCCGCCAGGACAAGAUAUUGCAGCAGUUAUUUACACUUAGACAGGGACUGCUUAUCAAGCAACGGGAGAUGGAAAGCCACUUGGUAAAAGUGAAUCAGUGAUCAGUCUCGGGAUUUUCUCCAACUUUCAUCGUUAUAGUUGUCAUUGUAGGUGCAUUCAUUAUAGCAUGUUUUUAUUUAUGGGCGCAAGCAUGCAUUGCAGUCCUCAGCAUAAAAGGCUGUGAUAUCUCACCCAACGUUGUUCACCACAAGUUUGGGAGCCUAGGAUAAGCACAUUUACUUACCUUGCCACUAAAGCCAAGCAGACCAGUACAAGAAAGUUACCUGCUGUGGUAGCUUUUUGCAUGUCAUUAUUAUGUGGAGUGGUCGUGGUCAGCUUUACUCAGACAGAGUGAACUGGAAGAUUCAUAAGAUACAAUAUCAAACUUCUAACAAGUGCAAACACUAAAUUUUGUCAUCUGAAUAAUAUAGGAACUCUGUGAUCCGUCAUAAAUAUUCACUAGAUAAACAUGCACUUAAAGAAGGGUCACCGAUGCUUGCACAAAGCCAUUGGCACUUGGCUAUGUGUAUGUAAAAAAAAAAGAAAUGCUCAGUGCGAAUGUCUAAAUUAGAAUUCUACCUUCUCAAAACAAUUUGUAAAAAUGUAGUUUUCACGUGAAGUGCUAAAGUGAAGUGCUAAAUUUACAUUUGGCACAUGCCUUGUAUUAAACACUUGGUCCUUCUCUGUAGUGUUUCGUGCAGUGUUUUGGUUUUAUGUGCUUGCCUCUUUUUAAUUGUGUAGUACAAUUGGCCUGCAUUUGUGUUGCGAGCCUGCGAGAAUGAAAAGACAUGUACUAACUUAUGUGAUGCGUGCUAACUUUCAAUGUUGUGCUUUGAGUGUGUGUAGGUGGUAGGAUGCUUUUACAUAAAUGGGUACCACUGCCUUAAUCUCACCUGACGUAGUACUACUACCUUUAUCGUAGGAUUAACCCAUUAGCCCUAAGCAAGAAGUAGUAGUGAUGUUGUUGAUGCUGAGUAGAGUACAUUUAUCCUCUUCAUGUUGAAUUACUAUCUUUGAAGGAGUAACAGUAUGUUUUUGCAACAUGGCUCUUCAUGUAAUGCUCAUUAUGUUACAUGUCUAUUGUUACUUUACUCUCUUUUAGUUAAGGUGGUUUCUUCAUACACCUUCAAUGGUCUUGUACCUGUUGUUGUUUCUAAUAGUAGUUGUUGUGCAAAUUGUGUAUUUAUUGCCUUUUGCUUGUAUGUACAGUUCUCUCUUUAUGUGUAGUAUCUUCUGACGUGUACAUAUGCAUGUGUACAGCCAGCCUAGAUUUGACAUCAUGCUUUUACACUAACUGCUUGCAUGAUUUUUUUCAAGUUUCAAGCGUCGUGGUCUGUAUUGCACGAAGUCAUGUAAUAUAUAUUGUUCCUCCAUUACAGAAUGUGUUAUUCUGAUGUUCUGAUUCGAAACAGUACUUGCUGUGGUCCUUCAUUAAAUCAAGCGAUCUUUAUGUCCAAUUGAUUUUUGACUAAACUUCUUUUUUUUAUGCCAAGGACAACCAUAUACAGUUAAACCUCGAUAUAACGAAGUCGGUAAAGUCGCCACUUCACUUUGUUCUAUUGAAAUUUGACCUUUUAUGCAAAUAAGUACAGUGGCUGACAAAUUUUUCUUACACGGAAGGGGCAAUAAUAAAUGCGAAUUACCAGGCAAUCAGAAAAAUCUAAUUUCUACCGUGACCGUCUGCGCUCACAGCUGUUUUCAUUUAAUGCCUAAGUAUUUCUUUGCAGCGGCAGUGAAAUUUCAUUUUUAUUGAAAUUGCGUAUAAACACACUUUGUUAUAUUGUGGUUCCAAAUACAUGGUGCUCUAUGACAAGAAGUUAUAAAAAUUUGGCAGAACCUAUCUCGCGGUGAUUGUCGAUGGUAAUGCAUUUAGCAUUGAAUCAAUAUAGGGACACAACACAUUGCCACCGUCAAAACGAGUUAUGUAUGAGGCGUGUACUGCGGCGGGACUCCUCUUUCACGCUUCCCUGAGAACACUCGAUGCCAUCUAGAGCUGUCGCUGCCAUGAAGCCUGUGCGUGGCCUCCGAAAUGCAUGGCGUGUCAGUGCGUGGCGAACACUUAGUAACACAUCAUGCGGCAGGACUCCUCUUUCACGCUACCCUAAGAACACUGCGCCAUCUAGCGCCGUUGCUGCCGGGAAGCCUUUGUGUGGCCUAUGAAAUACAUGGUGCAUCGGUGCGUGGCGAACGCUUAGAAACACAUCAUGUGCCAACGAGCUUGUUUCUCGCGCUUAUUUCAGCACACGCUACGCCAUCUAGUGCCACUGCCGAGAAGUUUGUGCGUGGCCUCCAAGACGAGAAGCAUGGCACGCCGGUUCCUGCGAACGCUGAAUAUUGUUCCCUUGCUUGCCGCACACUCAGUGGCACAUACUCGGUGACCCAAGUUGACGAGAGAUUCAUUGAAGAGCAGCACAUAGCCAGUGCCUUUAUGGUGCAGCUCGCUAAAGCAUUGGUGUGAAAGGCGUUUAUUGGAAAACGGCACAUACCCAGUGCAAUUGAGAUGCAGCCUGCAAAAGUGUUGGGUUGCUGUCUUUGAGGAAUCCUUGCGACGUGGGUUCAAUUCUGCUCCACGUCAGAGAAACUUAAUGCAUCUUUUUCGUCAUUGUAGAGCACCAUAUUCCAGUGGCGCAUACCUAGUUAGCCAAGUUGAUAUCAAAGACAUUCAUUGAAUACCAGCACAAAUCGAGCGGCAUGUACCUAGUGCUCCAAGUCAGCAUCCAAGAGUUUCUUCGAACAGCGGCCCCUACCCAGUCCCACAUCUACGUUGAUCCAUGUUGCCGUGAAAGAGGUUCGUUGAAGAAUGGCACAUGGUGUGCACCUUGCCACAUACUCAGUGACCCAAGUUUGGUUUGAUGGCUGGUUUCGAACCCAGUUGCCUCAGCACGGCAGCUUGAUGCAUUACCGAUUCGACUACGAACUACCCAGUGACUCGGGUAGGUUGGUACAAACAUACAAAGAUAAAUAGUUGGCCCCCAGAAAGUGUGUGAGCUACCCUAAGAAUGCUAACGAUUAAAAGGUAAAUAAUUCAUUAUAUGAAAAAUUUACAUUUCAUUAUAUUGAAGUUCGUUAUAUUGAGGUUCAACAGUACUCCUUAAUACCAGUUUGAUCUCUUAGCUGGCUACAAGUUGCACAGUGCUGUGUGCUUUGCAUAAGGUAGUACACACAGUACAGUGUGUGGUUCUCACAGAGUGUGUGGUUGCUUGGCUUUCAGCUUGACAUUAUACUCAUUCCACUCCUGAUACACUGACAUAGGACAUGUUGUGCGCCGUCCUUUCUGUUCCUCUUGUGUCCGUGUUUUGUAUGCCUGCCUUUUCUUACCAUGAACGCUGACUCAGGCCUCUGUGGAAUGCCCGCAGAUCUAUGGUGUUGUAAGGUGAUUUCUUAGAAUGCAAGCAUUAUGUAAAUAAAAAGCAUGGGCUGGAUGCCCUUUUCUUGUGGCCUGUUGUUUUCAGAAGUUCUCACUUAAGCAUUGCAUGUCUCUAAAUAUGUUUGCGAUAACCAACCAGCCACUGGUGCUACCUCCUCACUUAAGGACAAUAACAGUGUCAGAUCUGGAGCAUAAUUUUUUUUUCUUGCGAUGGAGAAUGCUAUCCACAAUGUAAUUUAUAGCAUGCCCAUACCUUUUCUUUGGCAAUUUUAGGUAAGCUAGUUCUGUAGCAAAUUUCUCUCUCUAGCUUCAUCGUGGAGCAUGAAUUCAGACAUAAGUCUUAGCGUGCAUUCCAUCAGUUCUGCCGGCUGCGCAAAACAGCUUUAAGUGAUAUCCUUAGGAGCAUUAUGCUUUGUUCCAGAAAACUUGUAUCUAUGAAACAUCAUACUUGCUUGAGUAUUCAGGUCAGUCACCUAGAAAGGCAAGUGGAGUGUACACAUGCAAGCACACAGUAACAAAUGUGACGUGUUUAUUGGGCAUAAUGUAAGCCCACAAGCAGACUAGAUCCAUCACCAUCAUGAUGUAUAAUUUCACUUGUGGUCUUUAUAGUGUGUGAGCUCUUCAUGCUUUACUGUCCUGCUCGCCAGUGAACAGGUGUGCAAGGAGAUAAAACAGCAGGUGAAAUUUUCGUUGUCACAACAGUCUUUAAUCAUGCAAGGA